UUAUCCGUAUCAUGUACGUAUUGGAUUCGAUAUAAAGGUUCCCUACAAUAUGCCAAAAACCAAACCAACAAUUUAUAUUAUAUUAUAUUAUAUUUUUUAUUAUGUGAUGUUAAAGGGGUGAGUGGGUUGCGAGUAUAGCGGAUAUGGUAUCAUUUAUGAUUGAGUUAUUUUUUUUACGUGACGUAAAUUUACUCGGGCUGUGCUUAGUUUUUCUUGUCUGUUCAAAUUUUCAUUUUAUGGUUUUAUGGUUCGUUUUGGUUAUCUAUUCAUAAGACCUGUCGUUUUUCGGUCAUUCACCGCUAAAUGUGUUGCUAAUUUACCUAUAAUUACUACCAAAAAAAAAUGUAAUCAAUUAAUUUAAAUUAUGAAUUAUAUAACGGUUUACUAUACGUCGUGACGGCGAGGUCGCGAGACAGUUAGACGUUGAGUCGGAAUUUCUUUUGGCGGUUCCGACAAAUAAACGUUAAUAAAAUGCCAAUUUAUUCCAGAUCUUGUGGAAUUUAUGGCCACGUGCGCCCCGCAUAUUAGACCGCUAAGUACGAUUUGUAUUCAAGUUGAAUUAUUGGUUAGAAUCGAUUGAGAAAUAAUUGAUUCCAAAGUUUUAACUCUUCUUAUUUCUUCAUUCUUACGAUUCUCUAGGUUUCAUCUUUGAUUUCCAAUUUUUUUUUCUCAAACUAACUCUAACGUAAAGUGUGGCAACACCAAAACAUGAAAAUGUCAUGGAAACUCCGGUUCUAAUAUAAACAAAGACAGGUCGCAGGUGUUUUUCCUUACUUUUGUUUGAUUUAUUCUAUUGAAAUAAUAAAUUGAAUGUGUCUUUACAACAUAUUCGUCUUCACGUCUUGCCCCUACUAAGUAUUUUAAAAUUUGCUGAUAAACAGCGUAGAAGCUGUAAACAUGACAAAAAUAGCAGCUUUCGUAUUUUUUGAUAUAGAGACGACUGGUUUACCGCACCAGGAAAGGAAUAAAACAAAGAUAACUGAGCUUAGUUUCGUGGCCGCUGUUCGUAGUGAUAUAGAAGAGGCUCCUAUUGGUUCUAAACCUUAUGUGAGCAAGCUGACUCUGCUCUUUAACCCCCAGAAAAAAAUCUGUGCUGAAGUGGCGCUGCUGACUGGCUUAUCAAAUAAUACUUUAAAGAACGCGCCAAUAUUUAAGGAUAAUAUUCACACAAUACUUGCGUUUCUAGGUGAACUGCCUAAACCAACAUGUCUCGUUGCCCAUAAUGGCAAUAGAUUUGAUUUCAAACUACUUUUGACUGAAUUUUUGGAUAUUAAUGCUAUUUUACCUCAAGACUUGUUAUGUGUUGAUUCGCUUAUAGGAUUCCGACAUAUCCUUAAAAAUAGAAGCUCACCUGACUUACCUAAUGCCAGAACUGUUCCAAUACCUAGAGACAAAUCAUUUUCUAAAGAUGACUCACUAUUAGAAGAAGACUCUUUAGCUAGAGAUAGUUCAAUGUACAGGUCUAGCUCACUUAUCAGUGAGGACUCUCUGAUCAGUGAUGAUUGGCCUGAACUUGAUGUGAGCACAGAAGACUGGCAGGAAAUAGAUUCUCUAUGCUCAUCAUUCUCUGAGAUGCCAUAUGAGGCAUCCAACAUGAGUAGAAGUAUGAAAGAUGAAGCAAAAGAGCUGGCUGGAAAAAGUACAACAGAAAAAGUAUCCUACACCCUUUCUAGUUUGUAUAGGCGGUUGUUGAAGAAAGAAGUUUAUAAUGCUCAUAGGGCUGAAGAUGACUGUCUAAUGUUAUUAGAGUGUGUUGUUGCUACCAAGGAGUUUUUGCCCUGGGCUGAUAGAUUUUGUAAAAGUAUUCUAGAUAUUAAACCUUUUGAUCGGUGUCAGUAUAAGUAGUACAUUUACUUUGUGAUUGAUUGAUACCUAAAAGAAAUCAUAUAUUUUUUAAAUAUUGUUGCAGAAUCAUAUUUUGAUAUAAUUGCAUAGAGACAUUAUUUUUUUAUA